AUGGUUAUAGAGAACGAAUCACCUGCAGUCCGACUACGACGAAAACUCACUGCAUUAUCAGACGAAUAUUCUAAAGACAAACAAAUUCAUCCACGUAGUAAAUCUGUUAAUAGUCGAGUACCAGCAACAUCAGAUCCAAAUGCUAGUCUUCGUUAUCGACGAAUGAGACGAAAAGUUGACGUUCUUCGUACACAAAUAGACGCAGCUUUACACGAUAAUUAUCUUUCAACAACAGAAUUAAAUUCCGUCAAGGAUAUGAUUCCAACACGUGAUGAUGAUGCACCAUUUAAAAAGAAAAAUGAUGAACAAAACCUUGUGACAAGUGAACUUAUCCAAGUAUUACAUAGUAAACAGACGAAAAUCGAUGAACUGGAACAACAAUUGAAGGACAUCGAACAACAAGAAUCUCAAUGGAAGGCAAAAUACGAACGAGAAUGUCAUCGACGUGAAUCAAUACAAAAAAAAUUGAUUGAACUUGAAAAAGAAUUGCAAAAUAGACAAUGUCAAUCAAUAUUACUUGGACAAUUACAAACUGAUGUUGAACGACUUCAUUUAGCUUUCAAUGCUCUUGAAGCGGAAAAUAAUCAACUUAAUUCACAAUUAUCAAUGGUACAAAAUACUUGUCCAUCAUCAGCUCGUCUUUCAUCUCAACUUGAGAAAUUUCGACAUGAAUUAGCCCAAACAUGUCAUGAAUCAUUGUGUUAA